GGCAAGCAAUUGCUAAUUUGAGUCCACAAGCAGGAAAUGUGAUACAUCUAUUUCCUUUCAGACAAACAAAACAGUUCCCUGGCAGCACAAAAGCAUUGCUUCUACCGCUAAAUCUCAAACGUUCAGAAACUCAUUGCUACACUGAGGAGAUAUUGUUUUGUAUCUAUCAUUUGGAUGUUAUGGAUAAAAACAGUACUUACUCUCUGACCACAUGGCCACCAAAGUUUUGGGAACAGAUAACAAUAGCCUUCACAGUGUCCAUGGUGAUCGGUCUGGUGAUUGGAGGGGUCAUCUGGGCCUUGUUCACUUGCUUGUCCCGUCGCAGAGCUAGUGCCCACAUUUCCCAGGGGAGCUCCUCAGCUUUCAGCCGUCGGUCCAGACCUGCCUCCCACAGCCAAACUACUGGCAGGACUGGAUUUUACCGUAACAGCAGCUGUGAACGUCGGAGCAACCUCAGCCUGGCCAGCCUCACCUUCCAGCGGCAAGCCUCCUUGGAGCAAGCCAACUCUUUCCCCAGGAAGUCAAGCUUCCGUGGGUCCACCUUCCACCCUUUUUUGCAGUGCCCUCCCCUCCCUGUGGAGACGAACAGUCAGCUGAUCACCCUCACUCCCACCAACACGACCACAACCUUUGUGGGAAGCACCACCAACAGCUUAAGUCGACCCGAAUUCCACUGGUCUAACAACAGCCUCCGCAUCUGCCACUCCACACAAACCCCUCCUCCUGCCUAUGAAACCAUCAUAAAAGCGUUCCCUGACUCUUGAGCCAGGUCCUUGUUGCAAAUGCACAUGGACAUUUUAGGAGGAACCGCGAAUGUCUCAAUUUUCUGUGCAUGCUGAAAAUCACUAAGAAGUCUCCAGCUGCUGUGACACGUUGCAGAGGGGACGUACAUUGCCAGGAGGCGGGUAGUGCUGAUUUUUUAGAGCACUAUGUCCCACUGUCCAAGGAAUCACUUGUCUUUGUGUUGCCUGCUCUGAUUUACUGCCUUGCAACAUGCUUACAUAUUUCUAUCACUGUAUUAUAACCAUUGUAUCUUUUACUUUAGAGGAAAGAAAAUGCUGCCGCAUUAAAAAUAAAUAAAUAAAUAAAAUAAAAAAGAUAUUUUCUUUGAGAAAUAUAAUGUUAGGAAUUACUCAUAUACAGAUUUCUGCAAAAUUCACUAUUCUAUUCCUUCAAAAACAAACAAACAAACAAACAAAACAAGCAAACAAACAAAAAACAUGUUCUGGCUCUAUGCAUUUUUCCAAGGAUAUUAAACUUUCACUGAAAACCUCCAUUUAACCAAAUUCUUGCUGUAACCUCAGAACAGCUUCUAAGAAACUUUAUACAAAGACCUCAUAGGAGAUUUAACAUCACAGUCCAGUCCGUGGUAAUAGGUAUCCUGUUCUGGUGACUGUAAAGGACCUUAAAACACUCCAUAUUAGGGCUGUUUGUAUGAAAUUCCCCACAGUAUGGGAAAGAUGGUGAGAUAUACUAUGCUUCAUGUAAAAAGUUUUGAACGGCAUAGUAAAUGCUUGGUAACAAUUAUAAAGAUUUUUCUGUCUGCAGUCCGCAAAACAUGUAGUUAUUUUAACAUUUUAAAAACCAGUAACGUUGUAUGACAGCAGAAAUCCUGAUGUUUCAUUUUCUAGUUCUGGUUAUCAAGAUAAGCAUUGCAUGAAUGACAACAUUUUUUUUUUUAAUUAAGUUACCUGUUUUGCUAUGGGAUUGCUCAUUUCCUUAUUUCAAAUUGUAUUUCUCAGAUUGUACCAUAGUUCAAUUCUUCCUGGCAAGUUAUUCACUGAAAUGUUGUAUUUCACUAACACAAGAUUUUAGACAUCUAUAGCUGAAUACUGGGAUUGUACAAUUAGCUAGAAUAUUAAGAUACAGAUGGAAUAUUUACUUGAGGUUAACUUGAUUGUUAUACACAUAUUAUGUCAAGCUAACCCCUCGUUUAGUAGAGCCUAAUUGCACCAAUGUAAGAAGUUCAGGAUUUAGAAAUAGCACAGACAGAUAGGGACUGUUUUAGGUUUUAUUAUAUGAGUUUUCUGAUAAGUAUUUCAUGUUCAAAUAAAGGGAAAAGAAUUUCCAUAAGUAGAAGAACAGUCCUUCUCCUUGCUUAGAAAUAAGCCUUUUAUUCCUAAAAGUGUUGGGCAACUACCAGUUGCAGGACCCCUGACUCCUAUGCUUCAGCAGAGAGUCCUCACCUUUCCUCUGGGUGGGACAAGGAUUCAGCAGCUUUCUAGAACAGGCAAAAUGUUUAAUAUUUUACUUUGCAGGCUUUUGAUGACUAGCAGAAUGCAUCUCUCUACAGAGUUCAGCAUCCCUCAUGCAGCACCACUACUGAUCUCUUAACUGCAAUCUUCCAGCUCCAUACCUUUCCACUUGCAAAUAUUGUUACAAACAUGAGCUUGCAAGCAUUAGUUAUUAUAAACUACGAUUAUUCUUUAUUGUAAAGUCAAAUUAUUUUGCAUUUAUUUACUGUUUUUUGCUGCUUUAUUUUUAGCAUACAACAUUUUACCUUCUAGAGGGAUGUAUGUGAUUGCUAGAAGAACAACCACUUACAGCGUUUACAUAGUUUCACUGCAGACACUAUGGGUUCUAGUACACUGAAGACUUGCUGAUAAGACUGUAAAACUGCAUUUGUCUGGUCACAGACUGUGGAUUUAAAACAGUAGUCCUAUGGAGAAAGAAAGCUGUGUUAUUUUGUUCUUUAAUAAUAUUUUUUUCAUUUACAGUUUUAUUGAGUCUGGUGAAUUUCAUUGCAUUCACAAGGGCUUUCACAGUGUGCUGGAUCUAGAAUAGGUGAAGACACCUAUUCUGACAUGCCUACAAAGAGCAGAGUUCAAGCCUGCUCCCUUUCCUUACAGAGUUUGGUGGACUGUUUGAAGAGACAACUUGGCCUACAGUGUGUACCCAGGAGGCCAAAAUUGCUUACUCCUUGAGAGAAAUCAUUUUAGAUGAGUGAUUUUUUGCUCCCAGUUUAUAAAUGCACGUUACAUUAUAGUAGAACUUUCCACAGCAUAUUAUUGCUUUUCUUAUACUAUAUUUAGUAAACAAUGUAGAAAGGGAAGCUUAAAUGUACUGUAUUUUUUUCUUCCCGAAAUCUGCACUGGAUAUCAAAAUAUUUUUUAUGUCCCCCAGAUUAGGGGAAUUAAAAACACAGGUUGUUUGGUGCAUAACCAGUUUGGCUGUCAGAUACCAGUUUAAGCAAUGUCUGAAAUGAAUGUUUUGCAAGCUCUCUAGAGGCUUCAGAAUGUGAAAUAAAGACAGAUGUUACAAUCUCUCUCUCUCUCUCUCUCCCUCUCUCUUUCUCUCUUUUAAAAGAUAAAUAUGUUGACUUGUAUAAAAAUAAUACUUUAAAUGGAAGAGCAUUAUCUUUAAUUCUUCAAGCUGAUAUAGUUGGGAGUGUGAAUGAAGGCUUGGCCCCUCCUCUGCCCUGUGAGGAGACAGACCAUGGCUGAUGAUCUUACAUGAAGUCCUCAUUGGAAUGUGCCAUAUGAGACCACCUUCCAGAGGUUAGAAGUAGAAACUAAACUGGAUAUUAUUAGGAAAUUGUUUUGCUUACUUAUGUUAACAGGAAUUAAAUAUUUUUGUAGUACAAUGAGUGGUCAUCAGAUGAUAUAGCAGAUUUUCCACCACUUAUGAGCACUAUGAAUUUCUCUUACAAAUAAUGUGAUUACAGAUUUAAAAUUCAGUGUUUUCCCAGUAAUUUGACUUCAAUCCACAAAGUGAGAAAAUGCUUGCUUUAAGCACAUGGGCAAUCAUUAUAGAAUUCAUGCUAAAAUGGGCUCAUGCGCAUUUAAUUGAACUAGGACCAAAACACAUUGCAUAUGAUCAAACUUCAAAUUCAAUUGUAGGAUUCAGGGAUCAACAAGUGUUUGAUAAGCAAAAGAUUAUAAUUGCUCAUUGUAGUGGCCUUUUAUACCUUUGGUUUUAAUUUAAAAUACUGGGAGGAAAAGUUGAUUUCUAAAAAAAACCUAAAAAAAUGUAUUUUUGCUUAUUUCAAAGCAUUUACAAGCAAUGAAUUAAACUUUACAACAGUUUUGCAUAUAAUACUUUUUAAUGGUGAGAGGCGGUGAUUAAAGGAUAUGACCAGAAUCACACAGGGUGAGCUAUGCAAAACUCCGAUCAUCCUCUAGAUAUCCUGACCUCCUGUCCUGAAGUGAACAGAGCUAAUUCUUUUCAUAGAAAAACCUGUUUAUUACUGCCAAUAUGCACAACAAAUAUUGCUCCAGUUCUAGUUUCAUACAGAAGACAAAACUUACCAGCUCUGUCUGAGACUAGUUAUGUUCCAAUGUAUUUACAAAAGUAGCUUUAGCUAUAUUCCUUGACCUUUCCUUACUGAAGAAUUUCUGAUCACCUCUUCAGACAGCUACUGAUUUUCAUACUAUAAAACACUGAACAUGCAGAAUCCUUGCCAAAUUAAAUUUUUAAAGUUCAGUUGCAAUUUACCAUGAAGUUUUUGAGUCAUCUCAACAUCCAUUCUUAAGCAUAAACUGAAAACCCCAUUUACUGGAAAUAUCCUCUCAGAGAUGAAAUGACACGUGCCAGAUCCCUGACCUAUAGGCACUUGAUAAAAUUAGGUGAUGUCUCUGAUGCAGUACGGCUUCUGGAAAAAAAUAGAAAGAAAACACUAGUUGAAAAUUUACAUGUCAAGUUCAGAGCAGAAUAGAGAAAACACUGCUGAUACAAGUUCACAAAGCAGAGAGCAGAAUUUUAGAAAUUGGACCAGUGACCCCACCGAGGAUCUCUGAUCUCACUAUGAUAAGUGGUGGCUGUGUCUCAUCCUGUGCUUUUGCUUCCAAACAGUUUAGAGUCUGCGGACACAACUCGACAGAGGAGUCUGGUUUGUGUGUCUCAUUUCUCUUUUUAUUUUUUUAUGGAAGCUUUUGGCUCCCAUCAGAUUUAUGACAAUGUAAUUGCAGGAGGGUUGCAGUGUCUGAUAGGCAUGGACUGGAUCAUGGAGUUAAUUCUACAAACAUGUUUCCUGUCUGCUUUCUCUGUGACAUUCUUCAAAAGAGACCUUUUUUUUUUUCAUCUGUUAAGUAGCAAAAUCAAGCGACUGUGCUUUGAGGGCUGAGAAAGAGCAAUUGCACAAUUUUAGAUCAAGGAGUUAUUUCAAAUAAGAGACAAUUAAUUGUGAAAGGGGCUAAACAGAGUGAUGUCCCCAAGACAGCAAGAAAUUGGAUUUGCUAAUUUAGGACAUAACUGUCUUGUGUGUACAGACAGUAUGGAAAGGCACUGGAAUGUGAAAUCAUCCAUAUCUUGUUUGGGGCUGAUCUGCAUCAACAUCAAUCCACUAGUUUACGAUGGCAUAUUGAUGACUACACAGGACAGCUGAUGCCACCCUCUUGUUUCAAACAGACAAGAGUGCAUAUCACAGCUGGCAGUAAUUUGCAUUCUUUUGGACAUACAUGGAGAAGUUGCCAACGACCAGAUGUGCGCUGAAACAGCAUGAAACUUCAGCCUCAGCGCUGACCAGUCCAGGGCUUGACUUGAAGCACAUUAGAGCUCCAUUGAAGCAAAGAAUGGGAGAGAACCAUUCUAUGAUUAUGCUCUGCUCCUGUGCUGUAUAUCUUGGUGACCUUUUGAAGUUAUUUUUGGAGGAGGGAAUAACUCCUUUUAGAUUACAAGAUAAUUACUAGAUGGGUAGUAAAAUUUGUUUUUUUUUUUUUCGUUCAGUGCUCAUCUAUUUAGUUCCAUAAUAAGUUCCAUCUCUCUCUCUACGGAUCAAGUAUAAAAGUACACAGGUCUAUCCCAUUCUUUUGUUGUUCUGCCAAGUAACAGAAAAGAUGACUGUUAUCCAGAGAAUCACUCCUAUGAAUUGAUUGGGUUGUAUGAGAUAAGCUCUCCAGCACUAGUUUGCCAGCAUCUAAGCACUGUUUUUUGUUUUUUGUGUUUUAUUUUUGUCUUUUUUUUUUCCCCUUUAAUCCCUCAAGUCAUGAAAAGGACAAACAUCUUUUUGUCCAUACUAAAUAAUAGGUAUCAUUUAGUGAAACUCAGAAUUUCCUUGCAAAAUUCUUAUAAAUCUGCAAUACACUAAUUCAUGAUGCUGAUACUUUUGAAAAUUUUGAGUAGCAUAAAACUGACUCAUAAAAAUUCCCACAUGCUCAAAAAAUAUAUAGAUGUUUGUGUGCUUGUAUAAACAUUAAAUAAACUCUUCUAAAGGUGAUAGUGCUCCUAGACAUUGAAUCACUUCUGAAAAGGAAGUUGAACAUUAACACGUUCCUAUAGCAUCUAACCAUGACUGAAAUAUAUGAACUUUAAAACAAACAAACAAACAAACAAAAACUAAAUUCUUCCUGAAACACUAAAGUUAGGCAUUUGUAGAUUUUAAUCUUUUUCACUUGAAGGAACCUGUUCUAGGACAGAAAUAUUCCCAGUAAAACUAGAAAUAUUGAAGAGAGAAAGGACUGAGAAAGCUCAGUGUAGGUAAAGAUGGGCUUCUACUAAUAUAAAUCAAUUAGAGAAUAGCUGAUUUACUAUGACUUUGCAAAGUUAGUGAAAGUGUGAUUGUGUUUAUUGUCCUAAUAGUGUUCCUGAAAUAUGCCUGAAAGGGUUUCUCCUGAUUCAGUGUUCCCUAAUCUGUAACAAGGCCCAUGCAUCUACAUGCCCUCUCACAGACAUUUUAUGGGUACAGAACAUUUAUCAGUUUCUGUUUUAAUAAAAGGUAUGGAGUCAGAAAGUAAAUAACAUGCCCUAUGUCUCCUCCUAGAACUGACAUUUCAUCCACCUAUUCAACAGGUAUCUAUUGCCCACUUUUUGGUUUUAUAUGAGGAGAGCUUUGGAGUGCAAUGAUCAGGACAAUAGCAAAUCAAAAUCUUCACAUAAGACAAUUCACAAGUGCUCCAUAUUCUUUGACAAAUUUUCUGAUAAAUUGUUAGCAUUGCACAGAGUCCUAGAUAUCCUUAAAUACAUUUAAAUGCAUUUACUAGGAUCACAGAGGAUAUAAGCAGGUGUUUCUGCUUCUUUUAAAGCAUCUGUAAGACACUGAAUGGCUAGAUGAUUUUAAAGUUUCUUCCAGUUUUGGACAUUACAAAAGAUAUAAAAACAGACUGAGAAUGUUUCAGGCAAUCUUUCUUAGCUUGAUAUUGUACUCAAAAUCUGAGUUAUUACUGAUAAAAAGAAUUUCAAGGUUAACUGUUCAGUUAUUAGUAAAUCAAAAUGGUGGAUCAAAAGAAUAUGAAAGUUAUACCAUGUUAUACAUUGCUGUUCUUUAGACGUAUAUUUGCAAAUGGGGUAAGCUAGUCAUACAAGUGAGGGUCUUGCUAUCCAAGACCAAUCCAGAAAAACAUAUUGCUUCACAAUUACCUUAAUUCUCUGAAUGCAUUGACUGACCAUUGAUGAUUUAAUCUCUAUUGCUUUAUUAUUCACUGCAGAGAGAUUACUCAUAUGCUUAAUAACUGUUGAAUCAGAAUAUAAUUCCAUAUGCCACACUAUUCUAGUGCUUAAUUUAAGAGCAUAUUUUGUAUUUGCUAAGUGAUUUCUCUUUGUUGAAAGAUUCCUCGUUGUGAAAACAGAUGCCUACUCUGCUCAUCUCACCUCCCCAGUCAUUUCUUGAGCAUGUAAAAUGUUCUGUGAGAAUGUAGUGGUGAUCCUUAUGUCCUUAUGAAGACACAUGAGGGACUGACCAUGGAGGGCAUGGUGAAUCAUUGGUUGGCCACUCCUAUCUGUUAUUUGAUGUAGUGCUAGGAAAUCCUGAAUCACAUCUUUGCUCGAGUCUCAGCACUUCUGUUGACAGCGAUGUUUUUUUUGCAGAAUACCUCAUCAUCUCAUCUCACCUAUCUAGAUGAUGUGCCUAUGAAAUGGGAAACAUCAGGAAAGAGUAAAGAGAAGUUUUUACAGAUACUUCUGGGCACCAUUUGGGGUGGUGUGGGGUGUUUUAGAAGUGGGGUUGGAAAACAAAACUGAGCAAAGACAGUUCUGGAGUCGGGAAAUCAGUCUCCUCUGGCAGUUGAGGCCAACAUUGCAUUAAUCUUGCUUGUAAUCAAGACUGUCUGAAGACAAACAGUCCCCAGCAGGACAAUCUCUUGCAGACUUAGAGAAACAUUGCCUCCAAUCUCUUCUGCCUCUAGAUUACCUAAGGAAUUGAUAAAAUGCCUUUUAUUGUGAUAGAUCCCAAGAGAUCUCACUUUGGAUUCACCUUUGUCUUAAGCUGACAGGAAGAUGAGGCAGAAAGGAAUCUGGAAUUGUUUUGGUGACUUCUGUUAAUGAUUUAUUUUCAGAUUCUUAAAUUUGUACAUGACAUUCAUUGCUGAGUGACCUUGUAACCUUUCCACUAUUAGGGAACUUUUAUUAGCAUAUCGUCCUUUGUGCACGAAGUCUGCAAGCAGAAUUUUAUGAAACAGGAUGAGUACACUUUUUUUUUUUUUUUUUUUUAACCAGGUAAUGUACAUAAUAGAUAGCUAGGACUAAAAGAUGACUAAGUUAAGCAUGAAAAAGAUGUUAAGCUCUCAAGUAGAAAAUCAGGGAAUUUUUCUUAGAUAAAUAAUUGUCAGUCAAGCCGAGAGGGGAGAUGCAGCCCUUGUUUGUUCUCGGGAAAGGCUGAUCCUUAACAUUUAUCACUCAUGGGCAACAGCACCACAGGACCACAGGUUGUUCUGAGUAUGAGCUUUCUGAGCCACUAAACUCUGAAUGGAGUGUCAUGGGUCAGGGAACAGAGGCCAAGACAGAGCUAUGGAUUUGGCCUCAGUUUAUGCUAUCAGUUACGAUGCUCAAAGCCCCAUCCAACCUGGCCUUGAACACUUCCAGAGAUGAGGCAUCCACAGCUCCUCUGGUAACCCUGUCCCUGUGCCUCGCCACACUCAUAGUAGAGAAUUUCUUCCUAAUAUCUAAUCUAAAUCUACCCUCUCUUAAAACCAUUACCCCUUGUCCUAUCAUUACACUCCCUAAUAAAGUCCCUUCCUGUCUUUCCUGUAGACCCUUUUUAAGUACUGGAAGAGCACUAAAAUGUCUCCCUGGAGCCUUCACUUCUCUAAACUUAACAACCCCAUCUCCCUCAGCGUGUCGUCAUAGGACAGGUGCUCAAGCCCUCUGAUCAUCUUUGUGGCCAUCUUCUGGACAUUCUCUAACAGGUCUAUGUCUUUCUUAUGCUGGGAGAUCUAGACUGAACAAAGUAUUCUAGUUGGGUGUCUCAUGAGAAUGGAGUAGAGGGGGAUAAUCACCUUCCUUGACCUGCUGGUCACUUCUUUUGAUGUAGCCCAGGAUAUGAUUGGCUUUCUGGGAUGCAAGUGUGCUCUGCUGGCCCACAUUCUGUGUCUUUUUUUCACAAAUACCCCCAAGUCCUUCUCCUCAGGGCUGCUCUCAAUCCACUCAUGGUAUUUUUUAUUCAUGUUUGGGAUUGCCCCAACCCAGGUGCAGGACUUUGCACUUGGAUUUGCUGAAUUUUAUGAGAUUUGCAUGGGCCUAUCUGCCAAGUCUGUUGAGGUCCCUGUGGAUGGCAUCCCUUCCCUCCAACAUGUUGACUACACCACUCAACUUGGUGUCAUCUGACACCUAUAUCUUCCAAGAGCUGAGAGUAGGAUAAACCUGCUUGAGUCAACUGUUGUGUUACCUCUUCAUUCUGAAGGCUUUCUUUGAACUCAGUGUUAAAAAUGUCAAUACUCAUUGAGUAAUGUUAAUAGAGAAUUAAAUGUUAUUUUAUUCUCCCACAUGAACUGGUGCAACUGGAAGCAAACUGAGAAUAUCUUUUGAAAGAAGAGCAAGAAAGUAUACCUGUGACAGGUGAACUUUGUUGCCCUUUCCACACACAAUGUUUAGUUACAUGAAGCUUCUAACUGCUUAGCUUGAUUUUGUAAACUGUGUCCUUAGCCUAAGAGUUUGUGCUGGUAAUUACAUUUUUAUUAUUUAUUUAUUUAUUUAUUAUCAUGCAAAUGGCAGUAGAUAAAGAAUGAAGAAUGAGUCUCUGUGGAAAGGUUUUCUGAGUUCAAGUCUGCAAGUCAAAUCCUCCAUGGCUCCAUUAUGCCUUCAAUCAACGUCAAGCUGCUUCCUCCAUCAACAAAAACAACAAAAGUUACACCUUUGUAAAUCACUAACACAAUUUGCACUGGUUGGUGUUUCAUGGCAGUCAACUUAAGUUCUCCGUGGAUAUCCAAUUAGUUCAAGUUUAGCAUCCUUGACAAUAAAAACAGACAGAUGAUUUUGUUUUAUUUGUUGAUAGGAGCAUUUUAACCUCUACUACAAAAAGUUCACUUUCAGAAUAUUGAACCAAUCAGAUUGGUUAAAUCAUUACAUAUCUCCAUAUUAGUUGGUAUCAGUGUGGCCCAUUCUUUUGUGGCAGAACACUUGAGUUUGAUUUAAAUUAAGUUUCUCAGCUAGUAAUGGUCAAUAAAACCCAGUUCUGAGACAAUGAACAAUUAAGAGGCUUUCUGCAACACAAAUGAGCCAGAACAACCUCAUAUUCUUCCUGGUGUCUCCUUAUCUCCUUACUUCAGAAGGAUUUACUGUCUUAAAAAAAAGGUCUCGUAGGUCUAUAGGGACCUACAAGAAAUCUUCACCUGUGCCUCAAGAUUUCAUCAAUACCUAUAUUUAAAUUUUC